AUGGCUGACUUUGUAGAGUUCAAGACUUCAGCGGAGGAAGUAACUGCAGAUGUGGUGGAAAGAGCAAGAGAACUAGCAUUAGAAGUGGAGGCUGAAGAUGUGACUGAAUUGCUUUUGACCCCUGUGUCCCUGCAGGCUUACUUGAUCUACUCCAGCAGCGUGGCAGCUGGUGCCCAGAGUGGUAUUGAAGAAUGCAAAUACCAGUUUGCCUGGGACCGCUGGAACUGCCCUGAGAGAGCCCUGCAGCUGUCCAGCCAUGGCGGCCUUCGCAGUGCUAAUCGGGAGACAGCAUUUGUACAUGCUAUCAGUUCUGCCGGGGUUAUGUACACUCUGACUAGAAACUGCAGCCUUGGGGAUUUUGACAACUGUGGCUGUGAUGACUCCCGCAAUGGGCAACUGGGGGGCCAAGGCUGGCUGUGGGGAGGCUGCAGCGACAACGUGGGCUUCGGAGAGGCAAUAUCCAAGCAGUUCGUCGAUGCCCUGGAGACAGGACAGGAUGCUCGGGCAGCCAUGAACCUGCACAACAACGAGGCUGGCCGCAAGGCGGUGAAGGGCACCAUGAAACGCACGUGUAAGUGCCACGGCGUGUCUGGCAGCUGCACCACGCAGACCUGCUGGCUGCAGCUGCCUGAGUUCCGAGAGGUGGGCGCGCACCUGAAAGAGAAGUACCACGCAGCUCUCAAGGUGGACCUGCUGCAGGGUGCUGGCAACAGCGCGGCGGGCCGCGGCGCCAUCGCAGACACCUUUCGCUCCAUCUCCACGAGGGAGCUGGUGCACCUGGAGGACUCCCCAGACUACUGCCUGGAGAACAAAACGCUAGGACUGCUGGGCACCGAAGGCAGAGAGUGCCUGCGGCGCGGCCGGGCCCUGGGCCGCUGGGAGCGCCGAAGCUGCCGUCGGCUCUGCGGGGACUGUGGGCUAGCGGUGGAGGAGCGCCGCGCCGAGACCGUGUCCAGCUGCAACUGCAAGUUCCACUGGUGCUGCGCGGUCCGCUGCGAGCAGUGCCGCCGCCGGGUCACCAAGUACUUCUGCAGUCGCGCGGACCGGCCGCGGGGGGGCGCGGCGCACAAACCCGGGAGAAAACCCUAA